AUGGCUCACCGGAUCGUCACCCAAGUCGUCGUCACGGGCGCCCGUGUCUUCGGCAAGGCCUUCGCCGAGGCCUACAAACAGGCCCAGGCCUCCUCCAAGCACGCCGCGAAGACGGGCCAGAAGCUGGGCGCGUCCGCCGGAUUGACCCUCGACGAGGCCUGCAAGAUCCUCAACGUCAAGCCGCCGCAGGCCGGCGAGGCCAACCUCGAACCCGUCAUGGAGCGCUUCAAGAAGCUGUUCGACCUCAACGACCCCAAGAAAGGAGGCAGUUUCUACCUGCAGAGCAAGAUCCUGCGCGCCCGCGAACGGAUAGAGAUGGAGGUCCGACAAGCCGGGCGCAAGGCGGCCCAGGAAAAGGAAGUGCGCGAGGGGUGGAAUCCCAAGGUCUACAAGGACCGGUGA